CUCCUGUGAGUAAUAGCGUGACGUUCCAUGACUCUCCGCCCCUACUCCUGCACUCAGCAAGAACAUGGCUGGAAGCUCCUGGAGGUCAUUGCUACGCUGCUUCUCAGGAGCCCUGAACAACACCAACCAUGUCAGAACGUUUUCUAGUCAAUUGCAGACAGUCACCUUGAUCCCAGGAGAUGGAAUUGGGCCAGAAAUUUCUGCGGCUGUCAUGAAAAUUUUUGAUGCUGCCAAAGCUCCUGUACAAUGGGAAGAGAGAAAUGUAACCGCCAUUAAAGGACCUGGAGGGAAGUGGAUGAUCCCUCCUGAAGCCAAAGAAUCCAUGGAUAAAAACAAGAUGGGGCUUAAAGGACCCUUGAAGACUCCCAUUGCUGCUGGUCACCCCUCUAUGAAUCUGUUAUUGCGCAAAACGUUUGAUCUGUAUGCCAAUGUCCGACCUUGUGUCUCCAUUGAGGGCUACAAAACCCCUUACACUGAUGUGGACCUGGUUACCAUUCGGGAGAACACUGAGGGAGAAUAUAGUGGCAUUGAGCAUGUGAUUGUGGAUGGAGUGGUGCAAAGCAUCAAGCUAAUCACGGAGCAAGCAAGCCACAGGAUUGCAGAGUUUGCUUUUGAGUAUGCAAGAAACAACCAAAGGAGUACAGUGACGGCAGUGCAUAAAGCAAAUAUCAUGAGAAUGUCUGAUGGCCUUUUUCUAAAGAAAUGUCGGGAAGUUGCAGAGAACUAUAAAGAUAUAAAGUUUAAUGAGAUGUACCUGGAUACUGUGUGUCUCAAUAUGGUUCAAGAUCCCACAAAUUUUGAUGUUCUUGUGAUGCCCAACCUGUACGGUGAUAUUUUGAGUGACUUGUGUGCAGGGCUAAUUGGAGGCUUGGGGGUUACUCCAAGUGGAAAUAUUGGCGCCAACGGCGUUGCAAUCUUUGAAUCGGUUCAUGGGACAGCCCCAGAUAUUGCAGGAAAAGAUCUUGCUAAUCCCACCGCUUUACUCAUGAGUGCAGUAAUGAUGCUCCGUCACAUGGGUCUGCACGACCAUGCUCGUAAAAUUGAAAGCGCCUGCUUUGAAACUAUCAAAUCUGGAAAGGUUCUCACUAAAGACUUGGGAGGAAACGCCAAGUGCUCAGAUUUUACGGAAGAUAUUUGUCGCAGAAUACGGGACAGCGACUAGCUUUACACUGCAAUAUGUCCAACCAGCCGACAUUAAGCACGCACAUCAUAUCCUGCUGUUUGUGGGUUCAUGCCUCCGCACCUACCCCUUACCUGCUAGGUCUGCAAAUCUCUAAUACUAUUUGGAGUAGUUUUGGAGGUGAUUUUGGCAGCCGGGAGGUUUGUUAGACUAAAGUGGAAUGGAAAUGUGUUAAUACAGUGGAAAAUGUGAAAUGGAACACUACAGUCAAAUUAAAAUGAGAUGAUCUCUAAGCUCAUUUCAAUACAAUAUC